GUUAGAUUUUCACCACACGGCAAAUGGCUGGUCGGUGGCGGUAGUGACGGCUCUGUAAGGCUGUGGGAUCUCAGCGCUGGGAAACUGUUGAAGGAUAUGGAGGACCCCCACAGAGAUGCUGUAAGUCACCUGGGCUGUCGCCUCUGUUUGUGUUAA